UCAAUCUCCCGCGCUAGCAGACGCGGGUUUUUCAAGUGGUCUCGAAACUAGAGAUCGUCGACGUGAUUCGCAUUUUACAAAUAAUUCAACAAGAUUGAUAUUGAAGCUCCUCGUGAAGAUAUUUUAGCUGCAUUUCUUGUCAAGCUGCAUAGUCAACUUAUAUCCAGAUAUGGGUAAGCCCCGAGGGAAACCAAAGCGACAGAGGGAAUCAUUACCCGAUGAAGACACUGCAUCAGCUGCAGGUGCUGGGAAAGCUAAAAAGCCAAGAACAAGUUCUGACAAGACAAAGUCUACCACUGCAGCUCAUGUUGUUGAUAAAUCAACAUUUGGAAAGAUGGUGACAGAUGCUGGCUUUUGUCUUAUUGCUGGAGACCAUCCAAAUCAGCUCAAUGUAGAUCAAGUAAUGUUCCAGAAAAAGCUGAGAAAAGCAGUCAAGUCCGCAAUGAAUUUAGGAGAGACUGUUGAAGAAUUUAUAUCAGGCCUUCAAAAUCACAUAGAGGAUCCAGUCAGAUUCAAAUACAGUCUGCUGCUGACCACUUCCUCUGCUGAAUGUGAGAGUGCCAGAGGAGGAAAUCAGGAUAGUCUCAUCAGAUUGAUUCUUGGAAUUGAUGAACUGCAGCCAGCUCUUGUCAACACGUUGCUUGAGAAGCUGCCUGAAUUCAUGGGGAAGAAGAGUAACAUGUUUGACUACAGUGAAGCAGUGGACCUACCUAAACUCAUCCUCAACCAGUUUCAUUGGAUGGACAAUGUCAUCAAUAGUAAGGAGAUGACAGACAAGAUGCUUGAGAUGGUCGAGAUCUCAUCACCAUCCGUCCAGAGAGAGAUCAUUGCCUGCAUUCCUGAGGUGGUCAGUGAUCAGGAGCAUAGUGAGGUAGCUAACAGAUUGAAGAAUAUGCUAGAAUGUAAUUCCCAGCUGACUGUACCAAUCAUUGAUGCCCUAGAUAACCUGAACCUAACUCCAGAGCUACUCAGAGAGGUAAGGGGCUCAGCUCUAGAGAGCCUUGUAUCUGCUGAUCUAGACGACCUACCUGUUGUCAUCAAGUUUAUCCUUCAGUCUGUGUCUUCUAGCGACGCUCUGGAGGUAAUCAGUGAACUGAGAAGAAACUUAGAUUUCCACACCUCUCUUCCACCGUCCUCUGCUUCCACACCCUAUGCUAGAGCAUCUACCGCAGGAAAUGUCUCGGCCCAUAAGAAGACCACUGACAGUGAGAUGCUGAUACUAGAAACCAUCAAGUCAACCAUGAGAUUCAACAAAGUACUGGCAGAUGGAUGGCAGAAGGCCAUUGAGAGCGUGUCCGAUGCAGCAGGUCACAAGGUCCUGGAUAUCUUUGUGCUUCUCAUCUCACAUGCUGUAGCCAACCGCAAGAAACCUGUGGAGGCAGUCUUCAGACAUAAGGUUCGCAAAGGCCACUUCACGGAAGAACUUCUGCAGGCGACCUUCACGUCUCACGCCAAGGUUAUCAGAGAUUACCUAGGAUCCCUGCUGUGUAUUGCAGAGAAGCUCCUGAGAUCCCCUGAACCUCAAGUCAGUCAGUUUGGUUCCAAGGUCUAUCAGACAGCCUUUGCAGCAUUUGACGUCUAUAGUAAACAGGAGGUCGUAGGAGCAUUGGUGACUCACAUUGGCAGUGGUUUGUCGGCUGAGAUGGACUCAGCACUGGACAUUCUCUCUUCUCUAGCCUCAUCCCAUACCAAGGAUCUUGCUCCCUUUGCUGUCUUCAUUAAAGGUGUUCUUGAUUACCUGGACAACUUGACCAUGACCCAGGUCAAGAAGCUCUUCUCUGUGCUCGCUACCCUAGCCUACAGGGGUGGAAGCUCUGGCUCUACGCUCCAGGAUGAGCUUCACAUUGUCGUUCGUAAGAACCUCACAAGCAAUAGUCCCAAGUACAAGCGAAUGGGUGUGGUUGCAGCCUUGAUGGUCAUACAGAACAUGGCAAGGAAAAGGAUGGACUCUGGGAGUGGCAAGCAGGCACUGGCAUCCCUGUCCCAGGAUGUCUUCAAGCAGAUCUUAGGUCUCCUGGACCUGGUCAAGUCCAGCUGUGGUCAAGCCCCUGAGGCAGCUGCACUGUUCUUUGAUGAGCUAGCAAACAUUGUACAGAAGGGUGAUCUGCAUCCUAAGAUACUGGAAACAGUUGGUGAGAACAUCCUAGAUGAUUUCCAGGCCGACUUUGUUGUCGACAUUGUAGGUGAUGCCAGCAAUGAGAACUAUGGUUUGCCUAUGGGUGAGAUGUACAGCAUGGAAGGGGAGGAGUCACAAGGGGGUGUGGCAAUCAAUCUCCUCCCCCUCAUCUACAAGGCAGAGAAAGACAAACUCAAGACCGUUGCUAGGAACAAGAAGGCAGAAAGAUGUGUUGCCCCUGCCUGUCUGGCCCCACACUUCCGGCUCCUUCGCUUCUGUGAGCAGGCCCAGCAUGAUGGCAGCUUGGAAGGCAUUGAUGCGCUCCUUGGAUGCCCUCUAUACUCCUCCAAGGAUGAUGUGGUUGCUAAGAUACACUCACACUCUAAGCAGGAGAAGGAGCUGAUGUGCACAAACCUCUUCCUCUGCAUCAACUGGUUUCGGGAAGCGAUCAAUGGUUUUGCUGCCCUCCAAGACCCUGAGAUGAGAGCCAAGGUGCUGGGUAGAUUACAACACAUCACAAGACUACAGACACUCCUAGAAACAUGUCUGGAAGCUACUCCUGGCUUCAUCCCUCCUGUAGCUCACUUUGAUUGUGAGCAGCCUCAGACCAGCCCACUGAUGGCUGCACAGAGUGGCUCAUCGAGUAAAGGUGGCAAGAAGGGAAGAAAACCCAAAGAUGACAAGAAGAAAGGCUAUGAGGAUACCAGCAACAGCACGGUCCUCACAGAAUAUGACUACGUCUCACAGGACAACAACAAACAGAACGAUACUACCAUGGCCGACCCCGAGAAGGAAGGUACCAAGAAGGGGGGCAAGGAUACCUCUACUCCCAUCGUUGACUGGUCUAGGUCCAGGGCCUUCUUGCGAGAGCUGGACUUUGAUGUGUUUUCGGUCCUUGGGUGUGGCUUGGUGUCUAAGACUAUCCUGGACACGGAGAUGAACACAAAGGAGGUGCAUGUUCUGCAGCUUCAGCCUUGUGAGUUACACUUCCUCCUCCAGGACCUUAACAGUAAGCUGGAUCACGCCCUUCCUGCUUCGCUUGGAAGAAGAACCUUUCUUAAGGUCAAAUGGGACAAGACUAUUGGUUUCUCGCACCUGGACCAGCUGACCCCACGACAGGUGGCUAAGAAGGCCAUCAAAAUGCUGCCCUCACUGUGCCAACAUCUAGAAGCAACCAGCGGUUUCUUUCAGGCUUUAAUGGCUGAGAAUGAUGGGAUGAUUGAUGGUCCAGGUUGGAACACAGAAGAGGCUCAUCAGAUGGGAAGAUGUCUGCAUCUCUUACUCAAAGCUCUUCUUUCUAUCUUCUCUUGGAGUGGCUUUGUAUCGUCUGAGAAUCAGUCUAUCUUUGAGGAAGCCAUGGCCACCCUGAGCUCUCGUAUUGCUGAUGCGGGCAAAACCUCGUUCACCUUCCAGCAAUCUCUCAAACAUGCUGCUCAUUACAUUGAGAACUUCUCCGGGACGGUGCCUAAUCUUGCCACCGGUGUGACUAUCAUGAAAGUCAUGGUCAGUAUCAACACCAAGGGUUCUACACCGGCUGCCAACAAGAAGAUAGCAACCCUUGCUGAAUCUUUAUUGAAAAGAGAUUGGUUGGAUGAAGACAGUGUAAGAGAGAAAGGUGCCAAACACAACGAGCUUCUCCAGACAGUCAUUGAGAUAUAUCUUCAUCACUGCGAAGACUCACUGAGCGCCAUUGAGAUGUUGUGUACAGAAGCUCUACCUGAACUUGAUCCUUCAGAUAAGAACAUAGCAUCCGCUCUCUUCCCUACCCUCAACAGGAACACCCUGAGCUGUUACUACCAUGUGAUGCUGAAGGAGUUGGUGUCCUGUGCCCAGCAGUUCCAGCCUUCCAUGAGGGCAUCACCUGAUGUCCAAGGUGAGACCUUUGACCGCUGGAGAUUGGCGGUCAAGGUGUACUCGGCUCUGGUCAACACUAUCAAGACGUUUGACCUUAGGAACAACAUCAAGACGCUUCUCAAGUAUGGUCGGAUGUUCCUGGAUAUCUUCCUGAGACACGGCAUGCCUCUGCUUGAUAAACUCUUCAGGACUGAGAAGGAUGAUGUCCAAGCCCUGCUUAAGAUGCUUCAGCAAAGCACCAGAUAUCUCCAACACAUCUGUAGCCACUCAAAGGUGGCCAAGGACAUUGCACUGACCACUCAUGUGCCUCAAAUGAAGCGCCUCCUGGAGCAGUUCGUCUAUAGGGUCAAAGUCAUGCUCACCUUACAUAACUGUCAUGAGGCAUUCUGGGUAGGAAACCUCAAGAAUAGAGAUCUCAAGGGAGAGGAGAUUCCAUCUCAGGUAACUAGGGAAGAUGAUAGUGAUGAAGAGGAGGGAGCAGCAAGCAGACUAGAAUCAUCAGAUGAUAGUGAUGAAGAGAAAGAGGAGAGCGGUGGAGGUAAGGCUAAUGAUUCUGACAGUGAUGCCUCUUGCAGUGAGAGCUUUUGAGAUCAAGUCCUUCUCAAGGUCAGGUUGCAAUUCUGGAGAACCUUGGAGAGCUGACGACCUUCCUCUCCUGGCCCAUGUUUCAGAAAACUUGUCAUGCAUACCAAGAUACAAUAACUGAUAUAAGCCACUGAAAGCAUUGCAUUUGAUUGGCUGUGACAUAGAUUUAUGGAAGCUGAGAUUGAUCACAGGUUGUAUAAAACUGGUCUGUUUUUUUAUUUUCUGUGUCUCUUGUUCCCAAAGAAACAUUUUGAAUUGGAUUGAUGCAACGCUUCUGAUCAUUAUGUUUGAGGAUACAUGAAGUAUAAAGAGGCUAUUGAAUGCUAUUUAGUGUGUCACAUUCACACAAGUAGAGGUAGUAUGAAACAGCUACAUGUAGGUCAUUGCAAUGGAGCAUUCUGUAAAGUAACAUUAGUUACACAAUCGUUUAAUACUGCACUGUAACAGCAUCAUAUACAAGAUCUUUACAGCACUGUACUUGUAAUAUCACUGAUUAAAAAUUUGAUCUAUUACGAUGCUAUUUUGCUUUUCAACUCAUUGUUUAUUAUUGAAGGUCUGCAUUGUUUCAAAUCAUAGAUGAAAAUUACAGACAUGUAGAUACAAUAUGCAUACAUGCAAUUUACUGAGACUAAUGAAUUACUUGAGAUUUCUGACAGAGUUGAAUCUUUACAUGUAGAAUUGGUGUAUGAAUCUGUGGCAAAUCAUCAGAACAUAAUACUAUGAAAUUACUCUUUCUCUUCUCUUCUCUCUCUCUCUAUGUGCCUCUUUAGUGUGUGUCUCUGUUUCUCUUCACCUCUCUCUCUCUCUCU